CAGAUAAAAACUGGUGAAAUGCAGCUGAAGCAGACCCUAGAAUCUGUUUACAUUCAAUUGAAGGGCAGUUUAUUCAACUGAUAGCUUUUAAUAAGGUUGCUUCUGUCUGAACAUUGUUUCUCUUUAUCCGAGUUAUGUCCUUUUCUUUCUCGCCACAGCAUCGAGUAUGGACCUCAAAACUCAUUAAAUCCAAUGUGUGUUUCUUGUUCACCUUUCUCUAUCCACUUGACGAAUCUCAACAGCUUGUCCACUAGGUGUGAUUUUCCUUGGAUCAUAUCUUCACUAGGUUCAAAUAUCUCAUUUUCAAGAUACUAGCCAAGUCUCUGAUAAAUAAAAAAUAUGCGAAAGUAGAGUGGAUGAAUAUCUUUAUGAUCUAGAAACUUGCUUUCCCAGAAAGACCCAAAAAAUCAACUCAAAAUGCCUGCAAUCUGUUUGAUGAAUUUCUUAAUUGGGUCUCAACGUGUUUGGAAACCAAUGGAGUACCCUUGAGUUGGUUUCAGGACCUCCAGCUCCAAGAGCAAGAAUUGACAAAUGAAGAAACGAGUGGGGAUCGUCGGUGCAGGGAUAAGUGGCCUUCUAGCUUGUAAGUAUACCAUAGAAAAUGGUUUUCAUCCUGCUGUCUUUGAAGCUCAAGAUAGCAUCGGAGGUGUUUGGAGUCAGACGAUGGAGUCAACUAAACUCCAAAACCCAAGAGAUUCUUUCCAGUUUUCUGAUUUUCCGUGGCCGGCUUCUGUAAAGGAACUGCAUCCCAGUCACACUCAAGUAAUGGAGUAUCUUGAAUCAUAUGCUCAACACUUCAAUUUGUUCCCCUAUAUUAGAUUCAAUUGCAGAGUUAUUAGCUUAGAUUAUGUUGGAGUUCCUGAAGAAGAGAUGCAAACAUGGUAUCUGUGGGGUGGAACAGGGAGGGCCUUCAGCGCCAGAGGAAAAUGGAACCUCAAACUCCAGAACACCGAAAGAGGCUGCAUAGAGGAAUACCAAUUUGAGUUUGUGAUUCUUUGCAUUGGGAAACAUAGUGGUUUCCCGAAUAUCCCAGAGUUCCUUCCUGAUCAUGGUCCAGAAGUGUAUAAGGGUAAGGUGGUGCAUUCAAUGGAGUAUUCUGCAUUGGAAAAUGCCCGUGCUGCAGAACUGGUUAAAGGAAAGACAGUUGCAAUAAUUGGUUCACAGAAAUCUGCUAUUGAUGUUGCAACCGAAUGUGCAAGUGUAAAUGGACUUGAUAACCCUUGCACAUUGAUUCAAAGGACUAUUUACUGGAUGCUCCCCCAUAGCCAUUCCUCAACUGUCAAUCUCGACUUUUUAUUCUUUAGCCGGUUCUCAGAAUUGAUGGUUCACAAGCCUGGUGAAACAACCCUGCACAGUAUCUUGGCCACCUUGCUUUCACCUUUGAGAUGGGCGAUAUCGAAGCUUGUUGAGAGCUAUUUCAGGUGGGAACUUCCGUUGAAGAAAUAUGGAAUGAUACCGAAACAUAGUUUCCUCGAGCAGUUUUGUUCAUGUCAGGUCCCAUUACUGCCUGAAAGCUUCUACCGAAAAGUGGCGGAGGGAAGCAUCAUAUUGAAGAAAUCACAAAGCAUAAGGUUCUGCCAAGAAGGUUUAAUUGUAGACUAUGAACAUGAGCCCCUAAAAGCAGACAUUGUAAUCCUUGCCACUGGCUUUAAUGGAGAUGAGAAGCUCAGGAACAUGUUCAUGUCUACAACCUUCCGAAACUGCAUAAGGGGGCCAGCAGCCAAACAAGUUCCACUCUACAGACAGAUCAUUGAGCCACGAAUUCCACAACUGGGAAUAAUAGGAUAUCCAGAGAGUUACUCAAAUCUUCAGGGUUCUGAAAUCCGCUGUCAAUGGCUAGCACAGUUUCUAUGUGGAAACUUUGAAUUGCCUAGCAUUAGAGAGAUGGAGAAGGAAAUAGUAGAGUGGGAAAAUUACAUGAAGAGAUAUGCUGGCAAGUAUUUCUGGAAAACUUGCAUUUCAAUUCCCAUAUGGUGCAAUGAUCAGCUGUGCAGAGACAUGGGACGUGAGCCCAGAAGAAAGAAGGGGCUCUUUGCAGAGUUGUUUGAACCAUAUGGACCAUUGGAUUAUUCAGGACUCGCAGAAAGUAAGAGACUUAAGAGACUGAGUUCACAUUUCAACUUAAGUUGAAUAAAUCUGGAUUUCCUUGUUCAAUCAAUUUGAAGUCUGUGAGGCAGAAGUUAUGUUGGCA